AUGAUCUUAGCUGUCAGGAAGGAGAAGAGAGUUGAUUUCUGCGCAGGAACAACAGUAGACAAUAACGAAUUCGCUGGCUGCAUCUUUGCUGAUGGCCAUAUGGUUCGAGUUUUGGACUUAGGCCCCAGUUUCGCUCCAUCUCAAUCAAUACGCCCCGUGAUAUCGCGCAAGAUAGUGGGCAGCCUGCAAUUGGUUCAUGAACGUCUGCGAUUGAGAGCUAAAGAGGAAGAGCAAGACAGAGUGCAAGAAACCUCUAGAGUCCGAGUUUUCCCUCCUAUCCCUUUUCCUACAUUACUGUACAAGCCACAGGAGGCAAAUUCGGUGGUGGACACUAAGUUUCGCUUAUUUGCUACUUCGGUUUUCUCAAUUCUCUCCCGGUACUCACACAAACGCGCUUUUGAAAAUCUAACACCCACACAACGCCUAGGUUUGUGCGAACUACGUGACAUCUGCGCUGAGGGGAAGAUCAAAAUCUCGGUCAGUGAUAAAGGAGGAGAAUUUGUAGUAAUUUCAAGUGAACUGGACAGGGCUAUAACGAAACUUCACCUUACGGACGAUAGUCUAUACCACCCUUCAUCGGCAUAUGAAUUUUGCAGACAAUAUCGCCGCCUGAAUAGGAUAUGGAUAGAGACCGCAAAAUCAGUAGGCUUACCAAAAACAACUAUCACGCGUCUAAAAUGUGAUCGGCCCACCUGCCCGGUCCUUUAUGUCCUCAUCAAGACCCACAAGCUUUCCGCUGCCGAAUUUAGUUCAAACAACCCAGGGGAUUUCAAGGUUAGACCUAUCAUUAGCAAUAUUGGAGGUCCUACCGACAGAAUAUCCUGGUUCCUUAACACUAUUCUCAGCCAGCUACUCCAGUACGUUCCAGCUCAUCUCUCAAACACAAAAAUGUUCAUAGAGCACCUCCGCAAAGCGCGCAUUGAUGGAGAUUGUGUCAUCGAAUCUUUCGAUGUCACUUCGCUCUACACCAACGUCUCCAUCGAUGCUGCACUACAAGCAACAUCAGAGCUGCUUCUCGAACACCAGGGGACUCUUAACAUGUAUGGUUUUGCGAUACAGCAAAUAAUGAUGCUGCUGAGCGAAUGUUUGAGAUGUUCCGUAUUUCGCUGGUCUGGGCAAUACUAUAGGCAGAUUAGAGGCUUGGCCAUGGGACAAAGACUUGUGCCUACAUUAGCCGUUGCUUUCAUGUCUAAAGUGGAAAAACCCCUACUGGAACGCAAACCUUUAUUGUACUGCCGAUACAUAGAUGAUUGUUGCAUUGUAUGUCCAACACAAGCUGAAAUGGACUCUUGCUUCGAUCUCUUAAAUAAACAAUCCCAGUACAUAAAGUUCACGAGGGAAAAACCUAAAGACAACUGGCUGCCGUUUCUCAAUGUCCAGACAGCGGCAACGGUUUCAUCUGAAGCUCAAGGGCGCAUUGCCUCCAUAAACAUGGCUAACCGCAUUGCUCAGUCCAAUGGGUACCCAGCAAAGGCUAGAACAAGCAACAAAGAUCCCUUUCUGCCUUUUAUUUCGGAUGACAUGAGCAAUGCAGUGCGAGCAAGCUUACGACAGGCGAGUCUGCAAGACUCAGUCAGAGUAGUGGACAUACCACCUGUAAACCUGAAGCAACAGCUAGUCCGCAAUCGCGCAUAUGACAGACUUUGUGAGACACCGAAUUGCAUCGUUUGUCCAAACGGGAGGCAGGGUGAUUGCGUGGUAUCGGGGGUUAUCUACCUAAUCACCUGUCAGUUAUGUGGGGCUGAGUACAUUGGCGAAACAGGAAGAUCACUAUGUAUCCGCGUCAAGGAGCACCUAGACGGGCUCGUAAAAUCAAGAACAUCAUCCCCUUUAGGUGCUCAUCGCAGACAGUGUCAUGACAACACCCCUUUCAACAUAGCUGUCACUAUCUUGGCACGCGAAUCAGACGUUCUAGCACGAAAAACAUUGGAAGCGUUUUAUAUCACGGCCAAAAGUCCUAUCAUGAAUCGUAAAGAAGAAUGCAUCGCUGUGACCAACGAGCUGGCGCCAUAUCAGGACCUUUGCGGGUUUUGA